AUUAUGCACCUGCGAGAUGACGACGACACUAGUCAGUGUAACUCGAGGAAUUCCAAUGAUUCUCGAAAUACCCACAACAUUCAUUCACGACAUGACACAUCGAAACGAUUUACGCCAGGAGAUCCUUGCGUAGUUUGCGGAGAUGCUGCGUCAGGAAUUCAUUACGCUGUGGCAGCUUGUAAUGAAUUGAACGUGGAGCGUAGGCGAAAACGGAAAACGCGCCGAGAUACGGAACAGGGCGACGAUAUCAAUGAAGUCGAGAUCAGUGAUCCACUCAUCGAAUUGCUUAUCGAGAAAGAAGCGAAGUAUCAAAUUCUGUUAUCAUCCACUAUCAUGCCUAUUCAUACCUCUCUACGGGAAGCAUUGGGAAGUGGUUACAAAGCUUUCGAUGAUAUUGAGAAGUAUGCUGCAAAUCCGAUGCCUGUUGGUUAUUCGACGAACUUCUCAUAUUGGCGUGCAAAAAUACUGUCAGUAUUAGUGGAAUGGGCGAAAUCGUUCGAGGUGUUCAGUCGACUCGCUCUUGAUGAUCAAAUGCGGCUUGUGGUCCAUUCGUCGUUUUCCAAUCUUGUAUUGGCAGAAGCCUUCAAUACCCCUGAGAAAUACACUGAUCGUAUUGUUUUCCCUGAUGGCCUAAGUGGUUUUCGAAGUCCCUCGGCAAAUGCUCUGAAGGAACGUAGUGGGCUGAUUCCAACUGUUGUAGCAGUCAUCAAUAACAUCUUGGUACCUAUACGCAGGAUGAAAAUGACUAAAAUCGAGUAUUUACUUCUUCAAGCUGUGCUUUUCUAUGACCCGGAAUGUUUGUCGUUAUCUGAAGUAGCGCAGCAACUGAUUGCCGCUAAACGGCGUCGUCUUCUCGAAUCGUUACGACGUCAUCUCGAUAAAAAAUUGAAGGACGUGUCAGAAAGUGCUUCUCGUUUCGCAGAAAUCUUGUUGAGGAUCGGCAAUGUGCAGAAAGUAGCAGCGUUCAAACGUGAAACAUUGGUCACAAUAGAGACGUUCAACUUGAUGCAGCCACAUCCGUUCACUAUGGAAAUUUCGAAAAAGUAUCCAGACGUGUCGUUUUUCUAG